GCUGAUGACCGCGUGUGACCUCUCUGCCAUCACGAAGCCCUGGCCCAUUCAGCAACGGAUCGCAGAGCUUGUGGCGGCGGAAUUCUUUGACCAAGGAGACAAAGAGAGAAGAGAACUCAACAUAGAGCCUGCGGACCUCAUGAACAGGGAGAAGAAGAACAAGAUCCCAAGUAUGCAGGUGGGCUUCAUCGACGCCAUCUGCCUGCAGCUGUAUGAGGCGCUGGCCCGCGUGUCCCCUGACUGCUCCCCCCUGCUGGAUGGCUGCAGGCACAACAGGCAGAAGUGGCAGGCGCUGGCUGAGCAGCAGGACACACUGGUCAACGGGGCUGGCGGCCCUGCCCCACGCAGCUGACCGCCUGGGCCCUGGGCGGGAUGCUGGCGACCGCGGUCUGCACGGCCCGGCCUCGCUAGAUGCUGCACAGGCUGCCUGUGCCCUUCCACGGUGUCCUGGUGUGUUUGCACAGCUUCUGAGAGCACAGCGGGGACUUUUCAGGGGGCAGUCCUGCCUGCCUGUGUGUGUGUGUUGCCCACUGAGCUGAGGCUCGCUAAGCACCGGACCGCCCCCCAACCACGGGACCGACCCCCCACCGCAGGUCCACGCAGGAAUCGGUGCUGAGAGUGCGGGCUGCGUCUCGCGUUCAGUUGGCUGUUUCGCUUGGGAAUUUUAAGCGAUUGGUUUUGUGGUUUUGGAAUCGCCGACCUUUCAAGAAUGUUUGGAAUCUUUUCUUUCUCAAAAAUAGACCCAGAGCAAAUGGAAUAUAUUCCAUGACACGUAAAACCUUCGUAAGAUAGAGAAAAGUUGGGGCUGCGUGGAUGUGAAAGGGGGAGGGGAUUAUUUGUCAACAAUGUAUUAUGUUAACAAAACAGUUAAAACUCCUAAGCAAUGGAAAGUGCUGCAGGGCAGAAUUGUCGUUUCACUGACCAUCACUGAUCUUAUCAACAGGCAGUGUGACUCGGAAACGCUACGGUCACCAGUUCUGCCCCUUUUUUGUGUGUAACUCCCUCAGCGUUUAUCAUCGGUUCAUCGUACAGCAUAGUUUAUAGUGGGCCGGUUUGCACCCCAGUGGGAAAUCAAGAACCAAGUGGCCGUUGGAGCCCAGAGCUGGCGUGAGAUGUGACUGCCGAUAGGAGAGCGCAGCAGAAGGCCACCUGGACAUGAGCCGGAAAUGAGCCCACUGGGGCAGCAGCAGGACACUCAGGCCUGAGGGACGGUCAGCAGUCUGUUUUGUGCCUGAGGCAGUGCCCAGUGUGGGCUCGUGGGACCAGUCCGCCCGGGAUCACAGAAUGUGGGUGUGUGCCCUAACCAUGGGCCCUGAGCUGGGCCUGGUGUAUUCAUGUCUCUCGCUUCCCGUCCAUUUAGAAAAUGUGAACAUUUUUAGUAUUUGAGCUCCACUCGUAGUGUGUGCUCCUGUGUACAAUCCAGCACUGGAGACGCAGAGGGGGCAGGCGGCUGCUUCCAGAAAGAUAAUCCGCUCAAAUCCCUGCAGAUGUCUGGACUGAGCAGGAAGAGCGGUGUUUGUUUGGUUUGUUACCUGCCCCCAACCCCAAACAAGUUUCUGUUUUGGGGGGAAGUUUCUGGGGGGCCGGUAACAGCAUUAGCAAAGUUUUCAUGGAAACAAGGUUCCCAUGGGUAGCAUUUUCCUCUAAACUGCCUAACACUCAGCAGGUGAAGUUGUAUAUGUACGUUUACCUUGGGAUAAUGUAUCUGCAUUCUUACCAUUCAGGUUUAAAAAGGGGGGGGGGGGGCAAAUCUACGGCCUUCACUCUGUGAGAAAGGCCAGUCUGCAGCGUUAGGGACUGCGUGAUGCUGUGUGUGUGAUUGUCAUGACACUUGUAUGUUCAGGAUGUGACCCUAUUUCUAUCUCAUGUCAUUCAGAUGAGCCGAGGCACCUCUUGGGGAAGCAGGUGUGUCUGCCACAGGCUGCCCCUGAAUCACACACCUGCAUCCUGUGCACACCCCUGUGUAUGCGUGUUCCUCAGCGUGGAACACUGUCUGAAGUGGCAUCUCUCAUAACCUACUUGUCACCGUGCCCUGUGACCGUGCCUCCGUCUGCGUCAUACGCUUCAGUUCCAACCCCCCCGCCACACAUCACUGAGACUGUAAAAGCCACUGCAGAUGAGUCUGGGAGGGUGUGAGGGGCCAUUUUAACAGGCAGAGAGAUACACUUAGACUAGGAACCGUUCGGUUUGCCUGUAGAUGCGCUGGUUUUACUUCACUCGUUUAGAAAUUAGAAGUUAGGCUGUGCCACGCCUGGCACUGUAGUCCCUGCAGAAGAAGACUUCUUUAGAGCUGGUUCCAGCCAUUUUACUUCUCCAUUUUUAGGAAAAUCAUUCCAUACAUGGGCUCCUACCUGGUAUGUGGCACAAAGUUUUCAUUCUCAUGUGAAUAUUUUCUUUCCUGUCGCUUCCUAGGUGGGAAAUACAUGUCCAGGGUGGGCUGAUAGUUGUUGGUAUGGGAAGUAAUACAGCAAUUAGUAAGUCACGCUACAAGAAAACGCUGUUUCAUGUGCUCACAGCUGUAGCCCUCCGCCUGCCCCCCAGGUGUAGGCCUCCGCCUUCCCCUGUGUGUCUAUCACCCAAACCAGCAAGCAUGCCCUCUGCUCCAGAGAAAGCGGUUGGUGUGGUUUUAGCUGAGUGACAUUGCACCAUUAUUUCAUUUCCAUGGUCAGCCCUCGAGCCCCCACUGCUCACUCAGCUGUUUGAAUCUGUGAACAUGCCCGGCCGGGUACUUUUCGGAGCGGGGGCUUUGCUGGCCGCCAUCCUGUGUGAACUCAUGUGGGUCACAACCUCUGUCGCCCGGACACGGAGGCGCUGUGUUCAGGAGAAGCCUCUGUCUCCCCAAGGAUGUCACAGGCGGCGGCUGCUCUGUCCACUCAGCAGCCGAGACCACUGUCGCAUGAGACACGUGGCCACAGGGCUGUGAUCCCACGGGUGGCUCCUCAGAGACACAAGCUCCUUCGCUGCUCACGCAGACCAGACGGCUGGUGCGCGGGGGACUCGGGCUGAGCGUGGCCUCAGAGCACAGCCGGGCAUGAGGUAGUCACCUGUCUCCUAAUCCCCAGCGGUUUCCUCCCAGCCCUGCUGGCCUGGAGCGUGAGAACCUGCCGGAGUGCUAGCUCCGGGGGGACGGGCCCAGCUGCGAGCCUGCCUCGCCGGGACCUGCCCGUGUCGGGCACAGAGCACGCGUGUUGUACCCCGUGGAUUUCACGUUUCCUGUGUUUCUCAUCGUGCAGCAUCAUGGCCGCACAAGCGAUGCUGCUCUGCUUCAUGCUGAGAUCCUUAAUGAUGAGAGAAGGAAACCGUGGCCCCGCCAUUGCCUCCCCAAGCGCCUGCUUACACGGGGGCAGUGCCACUCUGCCUGGCCCACCUCGGUCCCUGCUGACCUGUGUCCGCCUCGGUCCCUACUGACCUGUGUCUGCCUUGGUCCCUGCCAUGGUCCCUGCUGACCUGUGUCCGCCUCAGUCCCUGCCACGCGCCAGGCGAAGGCCACUGAGGAGACAGCACAGCAGCCUCGUGGGCUCCCAGCCUCGUGGACGGUGCUGGUGGGGACCAGCUCAGCGCUGAAGCCUGCCCUGUGUCCCAUGGUGUCACUUUUGUUUUCAUCAAUAAACCUGUGGUCAUGCAUUUUCCAGGAGCUCCUCACCUGGACCUUAGGAGAUCCGUCAGGACACCUGUCUUUCUGCGAGCUUGUCGCCAGCCCCGAGGGCGCCGCUGCUGGGGUGGGGCCGUGUGCUGCACCGUCCCCAGGUUGCUGGCCACAGCCUGUCCCAUGCACAUGGGGGCCCUUCGGCAGCUCACGCUGCCGUCCACACCCUCCUCAAAGCCUGUGGAGACACGUCCGAACGAAUGCUGUUGAAAGCCGUGUAAAUAGUGGGAAAUAAAAAUUUCUAUUACAGUUUAAGAAAACCUGAUGAAUCAUCACUAGCCACUGUUAAUAUCUAUUUGUAUUCUUAUACCUUUUCAACAUAUUUGAACAAAUAUAUAGUUUCUGGCACUAUUUUUGUACUAGGAUAACGGAGGUACUGUGUAUAUUGUGUUUAGCAGUUAAGUCCACUUGAAUAACUGUGGGUGUUGAUUUCUCAUCUUCCCCUCCCCCACCCCCACCUCCACCGGAAGAAGCAUUUCAGAGGCACGUCCUCUCGGGGACCAGCCCUACAGGCCACAGUCAGGGUUGCCCCCAGAGGGCGGCUCCUCACUGUGUGUUGUCCCCUCGUGUUGCCACGCUUUGUAAAAAAUAAAAGGAAGAAUGAACAGCCA